AUGAUCAUUUCGGAAAUGAUUAUGACACUGGAUUCGAAAUUCAAUACGAGAACGAAAGCUUCUGUAGUUUGCAUUCACUUGAUCUCGGUCGGAGCGCAUUUGUCACAAGGAAAAGUAAAAAAGUUCUAUUAUCAACUUGAGAGAAACAUCAGCGAGCUUAGCAGAAAAGCUAUCACUAAAGCCAGAAAUGAUGGGCGAGUGUCUCGACGAUUUCUCGGACGAAAGUACACCGCUUUUUCACAUGAUAAUACUUCCAGAACCAUCCGAAGAUUCGUAUCGGCAAGAGAUUCUUCUCCGAUCAACCAGAACUCUGUAUUGGCGAGAAGAUCCAUGUCGUUGUCACCGAUUCCGUUCUCUCCAUCCCCAGAAUGUUCUGUUGAUCUUUCAAAGAACACCACAGGCUUACUAUUAGACCUGUCAGCAGCUAUGAACGUGAGCUCUGAUUCAAAAUCUAACGCGAAUGUGACUCAAGAAGACUAG